UUUUAGCCCUAUUCCCUUAUUUUUAAUCCUUUUUGGGACAAUAUUGGAUCCCAUUUAGGGAAAAGGAUAUUUAGUAAUAACAAUUAUCACACUUCCAUUCCAAGAAAACUUGUGAUGGAUUAUGUGAAUCCUCGCUCUCCAAAUCACGUAUUUCGAAGAUAUAUUAUAAAUUAAAUAGUGUAUGUGGGAUUAGCGUUGUGCAAAGUUAAACUUGAUAAUGUGUGAAAACUCACUCAUGCGGAGUUAAUAAGAGUAUUCAACCCGAUAUAAUUCGGGAUUUACUAAUACAUCGUUUAAUUUUUUAUAUAAAUUCUAUACUAAUAUAAUUUCUGCAUAGCUAAUUCACCACUUUACCCUCCUCGUAACUUAUAGAGUUUUAUGGUGGAAUUAAAUUUCGUUAAAACUAUUAAUGGUACAUAUAACUUAUGCGAGAAUCCAAAUAUGUGCGGUAGAAUAAAAAGGACAGUGGUGUACAAAACAUCUGGUGUUAGCAGGGACGAAAAGAGUCACGCCCCAAGAGGUGUGACGUAGACAGCUUAUAUAUUAAAUUAAAAUAUAAUAUGUAUUAGAAGAAGAAUAUCUAAAGUUAAAACAUUGUUAAAGUAGGCAAUUUUUUUAUUUUAUCGUAUAACAAUUUAUUUAUUACUAUUAUUUACCGUAUAAUAUUUUUUAUACUAUCAGAAACUGUAUAACAACUCUGAUAUUAUCAUUUCACCGAGUAUAGUUUUUGCAUAACCAAAUAGUAGACUAAAGGACGCGUGGCGCUACAUGGGACAACCGCUGGCUAAAAAUUCCUUGGUUUCUUUAUGGCUCUAACUCACUAACAGCACCUCAACUUUCACUCUGGAGAAGGAGAACUCAUUGAUCAGUGGCUGAGGGAUAAAUUCACAGUAUUCUUACUCUUUCCAUCAAACAUGAAGAACAACUUCAUUGGAUUGGUGCCAACAGAUGAUCAGUUUUUCCUCCUCUACUUCAUCAUCGGAACCUACUUUGGACCAGAUCUCCGGCGAGAAUACCCCAAAAAAUCUGUUUUGCAAAGAAAAGGUCUAGGGCUGCCUCCGUACACUUCCAAUCAACUAGCUGGUUCAUGCCUAAGAACCGUAGAAGUAGAAAGGGUUUACUAUCGUGCAUUGAGAAAGGCAGAUCCCUCUGUCGUCCUGGCUCAACCAUGGCUGCACCAGUUCUUUCAUGGAAGGCUUCCAACUCUUUACCGCGGAGAAGCUGCAGCUUAUCCUCGGUUUUGUGAUCUAUUUCCUCCCAACCUUCAUCCUCAUUUAUGCUGUGAUGUGUAUAAUGUUGUUGCAAACAUUGUAUUCAUCAAUGACCCUGAUACUAGUUCUAUUGAACCAGACAGCAUUAAGAGGUUCAAGGAGCUCACUGGUCUAGAACAUCUUAUCAUGGACAAAGAUUGCACAAAGUCACAAACCGAUGUUCAUAAUGAAGCUCUAAAUAAUGCUGGGAAAAAGGAGAUGUCCGAGCCUGAUGAUGUCCUCCAUUAUGCAUCAUUAGCUGCUAGUACCCUACCAUUUAAUGAUGUACCACUAGACACUGAACAAUUUGACAAUACAUCGUUAACUAGUCUUUUGAAGGAUGCUUGUGAUGAACCAUUUAAUGGUAUGCCACCUGAUACCAACGGACAGUUUGACACUAGACCUUUUAGUAGUCUCUUGAAAGAUGCUUGUGGAGGGUCAUUUAGUAAUAUGCCAUCUGAUCGCAAUGGACAAUUUGACACUACACUUUUUAGUGGUCUCUUGAAGAAUGAUGGUGUCGGCCUGUUUACCAAUGCAUCACCAGAUAGCUCUACAAAAUUUGGUAGUACUCCUUUUGGUAGUCUAUUUAAGGAUGCCAAUCCUCUGGCAGAAGGUUCUAUUGGUCCAUCAUCAAAGCACACCAACUCUGAGGAAUUAGAGCUUAAUAUUGUCUUCCUUCCUUCUUGCCCUUCUAAGGAGGAGAUAAGUAAAAUUGUUGCUGCUAGUAAAAGUGGAUUUGCAGUGAGUGGGAGUGCAGCAAAGGGUAAGAUAGGACCCGUUCUCGGGCUCUUGGAUGUAGGAGAAAGCGAGGACUCUUACUUGUUCCGUGUAUCACUUCCUGGAGUACAGAGAGAUGAAAGAGAAUUUACUUGUGAAGUGGAGAGUGAUGGUAAAGUAUUGAUUAGGGGAAUGACAACAACUGGUGACAGGACGGUCCGCAAAUACUCUCAAGUAUUCGAGAUGCAAACUCAGAACCUAUGUCCAACAGGACAUUUCACCAUCUCUUUCAAGUUGCCAGGACCAGUUGACCCUCAAGAAUUUUCUGGUAAUUUUGGCACUGAUGGAAUUCUUGAGGGAAUUGUAUUGAAAGCAGAAGGACAAUCUAAAUGGAAUAGGGUACAUUAAUGUCUUGUUCAUUAGAUUAGACGGUUAGUACAUGUACAAAUUCUGACGCUUGUUUAUGUCCAUAGUUGUAACUACAUGGUGUGAGUGUGACCA